AUGCCUUCCCACAUCGAAUGUCUCCCAAAUGAGCUGUUCGAGCCCAUAUUACUCGACCUGAACUUGCUCGACGUCGCACGGCUCAACCAAUCCAGCAAACCUCUCAACAAGUCCUUGGAUGCCUACCUGCUCAGGCUCCCAACAGCCACAAGCAGGCUGAUGAGAUGGGGAUGCCAGAAUGGGGAGAGAUGGGCCAUCGAAAAGGCUCUCGCUCACGGUGCCGACAUUACUCUCGUCGAAGUUGGUCCUAUCGUAUCGUCUACCAUCUGCCUCGCUGCGCGACGACAUCAGUACGAUACCAUCGAGUUUCUCUUGAAAUCGGGUGCGCGACUCAACCCUAGCGGCGUUGAUCAUCGACAAGAGAGGGCCUUAAAAAAGCGUCUGUUUGAGCCUAGAAACCCGGAGCUGCUACGACUUUUGUUAGAACUUAGGGCCGGGGAUCAAAUACUCAACCUCCAAGAGGGCCUUGACGAUGCACUUCUCAGCUUACCUGGAAAAACCGACGACCCCCAGUCACCGUUUUCUAUGGCUGUUCUAUCUGGAUCUCUUCCUCUGGCACAAUUACUCCUCCCUCCAGGCGCGAACUUGGGUGUUCCCAAUGACACUUUGCUAUUCGAACUGCCUCGGUAUGCAUACGCGGAUUUGCAUCCAUGGCAUUCUGUACCUAUCCUGGCUGCCGCGCGCUCAAUGGCAACAACUGGAAAGACAGACAUGAUGGAAGCACUUCUCGACAUGGGUGGAAACAUCAACCUCAGCGUCAAAUGCCACCUGUCGGCUUUUGGACUUCCCAAACAUGAUCCGCAUCCAGUAAACCCGCUCCUCACAUAUGUGCUGUCACUGGACCCGAACCAGGAUCCGAGAUCUAUGAAAGUGACUCCUACUGAAGGGAUCAAGUAUUUUCUCGAAAAAGGCGCCAAGCUCGACAAGCCAAUACCAGAGACAGACGACCAUGACUCUCCAAUUCUUCCACUAAUCAGCCUGCUGUGGGAGAAGCACAAAGGCCUCAAAUGUCUCCUCAACGACGAGAUGUUUGCCGUUUUCAAGGUCCUCAUUGAGAACGGCGGGGCUAAGCAUGCUGUUUCUACCUUUAUUGUGCCGGUUAUUCCCGGCUACUAUAGAGGGCCUUAUCGCCGUCGAAUGUACGGGAGGCGUCGAACCGGAAACGGCAAAGACCCCCUUACUGACGACGAGUACCACGUGUUGAUGGAACGAUGGGGUACUCUGCUCGACUUGAUCCUCAGAGAUGAAAAUUUUGAGAUAGGCCUACUAGUGGAGAUCAACGACCUCUUCUUUGACUUUAUCAAAGGUGUAUUCUCGACGACACUGCACCUCACGAUAGACGUGACAGAGGAAUCUCCCACCAACGACGUGUAUGAGUUCACCGAUGAGAGCCAUCCAACAACCAUACAAAAACUCAUCGAAAAAGGGGCAAGGCUGGACAGGAAAACUGUAAUGGGCCCAUCUUACGCCGAGGCCCUCAAAGACGGCGGCUCUACCCUCCUCAAGGACAUUUUCGAAGAAGCCGAUAUAAGUCGCGACAGCUACUACCUACCAUCGUGGCGCCCUUGGGCGCGUCUUGACAACAACCUCCAAGCGGCGAGGCAGCGGUCAUUCAUCGCCAUGCUAGUAGCGAUGGGGGCGAGGCCGCUUCUCAACAUGCCCGAGCCUGAGAAGUAUUCGCCUCCUGCGUAUGAAAAGCUGCGGGCUGCGUUUAAGGGAGAGAUUGCUGAGGGGGAGAAGUUGCUUUGGAAUCCGAGAUGUGGGUUUUCAUGGGAUGGGUCUUGGGAGGAGAAGGACACGGAUAUGAAUGAUGGAUGA